AUGCACACUGCAGAGUUCCUUGACGCUCACCCAACUGAAAUCAGUUCGAUCCUGGCUGGGGGAUACAAUCAUCCUUUGCUCAGAGAAUGGCAAAAUGAGCGCCAGCUAACUAAAAACAUGUUCAUCUUUCCUCUGUUUAUCUCAGACGACGCUGACGAAGAAACGCCUAUCGACUCUCUGCCCAACAUCAAAAGAUUUGGUGUCAACAGGCUUGCACAGUAUUUGGCUCCUUUAAUCGAAAAAGGGCUAAAGGCCGUGAUCUUGUUCGGCGUGCCCAUGAAGGAAGGAUGUAAAGAUCAAUACGGGACUGCCGCGGAUGAUCCCGAGGGCCCAGUCAUCCAGGGCAUUAACCUUUUGAGACGCGAGUUCCCAGAUCUUUACAUCAUCUGCGAUGUGUGUCUAUGUGAGUACACCUCCCACGGUCACUGUGGAGUCUUAUACGACGACGGUAGCAUUAACCGGGAGGAGUCUGUUCGUAGGAUUGCCGCGGUUGCUGUCAACUAUGCGAAAGCAGGAGCUCACUCUAUUGCGCCUAGCGACAUGAUUGAUGGCAGAAUUCGCGACAUCAAGUACGGACUGAUUAAGGCUGGCCUGGCGCACAAAACCUUCGUGAUGAGUUACGCCGCCAAGUUCAGCGGAAAUCUCUACGGUCCUUUCCGCGAUGCUGCCUGCUCCAGCCCCUCGAGCGGAGACCGCAAGUGCUACCAGCUCCCAUCUGGCGGCCGCGGCCUUGCUCGCAGAGCCCUGAGAAGAGAUUUGGACGAAGGCACUGACGGUAUCAUUGUGAAGCCCUCCACUUUCUACUUGGAUAUCAUGGCAGACGCGUCCGAGAUUGCGCGCGACGUCCCCAUUUGCGCUUACCACGUCUCAGGCGAAUACGCAAUGUUACACGCGGCGGCCGAAAAGGGCGUGGUGGACUUCAAGACUAUCGCUUUCGAAUCCCACCAGGGCUUCUUGAGGGCCGGUGCAAGGUUGAUUAUCUCUUACCUCACCCCGGAGUUCCUGGAGUGGCUAGGCCAGUGA